UCACGUGGAGCACUAUAGGAUAAAAUAACACAAACUUUACUUAAGUAAGGUAUCAAAUAUUGUUUCCUAAAUCUCUUUGUAAAGACGUGUCACUGCAAAUACUUUAUUCGACACGGGAACGUCUAUUUGGCAUUUACAUCCCCAAUAAAGCAGCGAUGGUUUCGUCCACUGCCCCGGAAACGCCGGCGACAGCAUCAGAAACGAUCAGAAACCCCGGUGUGUAGCAGAAGCAGGUGGAACUGAUUUGUCAGCCAAAGUGUAAAAAAAGGCGUCCACUCGAAGGAACAAUCAGCGCCAUCUGGCAAUCAUCGGUACAGCAUCAGUAACGCUGGACAAGCUUAAUCUCUUCGAUUUGAAUGGCCAAGGCAGCCAGAAGUACACAGCCCAGCUAGUGAAGCCCAUUAAAGGUUCAGUGAUGCCUGUGAAGAAAAAGAGGAAGCUUCCUGAUGCAGUUGAUAAUGAGCGCAAGUGUAAAAUUACAAGUUUCACCAGACCUCAGAUUCGUGGUGCGAGGCCGAUCAGCGCUGAGAAGCUGUUCUCCAAUAAGAAGUGCCUGGCAUGGUUCCACGGGUACGCCGGCCCCGACAAGGUGGUCGGUCCGGAGGCCAUGGAGAAGUUCUGUGAAGACAUUGGUGUGGAACCAGAGAAUAUUAUCAUGUUAGUUUUAGCCUGGCAUCUAGAAGCAGCAAGUAUGGGGUUCUUCACAAAAGAGGAGUGGCUCAGGGGAAUGACGUUAUUACAGUGUGACUGCACAGAGAGGUUACAGAGCAAACUGGAUUAUCUGCGCAGUGAGCUCAACGACUCUGUAGUCUUCAAAAACAUCUACAGAUACGCCUUUGACUUCGCCAGAGAUAAGGACCAGAGGAGUUUGGACAUGGAGACGGCUAAAUCCAUGCUGGCCUUACUGCUGGCGACAACAUGGCCUCUCUUCCCAGUCUUCAAUCAGUUUCUGGAGCAGUCCAAGUACAAGGGGAUGAAUAAGGACCAGUGGUAUAACGUUCUGGAGUUCAGCAGGACCAUCGACACAGACCUCAGUAACUACGAUGAAGAUGGAGCUUGGCCAGUGCUGCUAGACGAGUUUGUGGAAUGGCAGAAAGCCUGGUCAGCAUCGUAGCAGACAACGUCACAACACCAAAAAGGAGAACGAGGGAGAGAAAACAAAAACCACAUUGUUAAAGGAAAAGAUCUCACCAACACUUUAACAGACUUUAACAAUACACACACACAUAUGGACUGCAGAAUCACCCCUCUGUGGGCACAGGCCUUUCUCUCGCUGACUCGACUUUUUAUAGUGUUAAUUUGGUGAAAAGAAAAUGUUCUUUGAAAUAAGAAUAGAAACACAAAAAAUGAACUGAGAAGAGUUGUGGAAUUUGUUUUCUUGUUAACAAUUCUUUUCCAUUUUGUGUCUUGUUUAUAGAUGUUUUCACAGUAAUAAAAAGGAAAUGGAAGUAUGA